GCCGCCGCCGCCUCCUCCGCCGGCCGAGCCUCGUUGUGCGGCGCUGCGCCCCGUCGCGGGGGGGCAACAAAGGACCAUGGAGGGGGGGGCGCCGGCCCAGCAGGCAUCUGAACUGGAUGCGGUGCCCGAGCGGCUGCUUCCUCUGCCAGUCCCCACUGACUCCGACCAAAUGUUUGAGAGGGAAGACCAGGCUGCUGAGAUCGCACUGACUUUAGUGGCAUCUUUCCAAGCCAUGGAGAAGAAGGUGGAUUCCCAUACCACCCGCUUGCUGGAACUGGAGGGCCGGACUGGGACAGCCGAGAAGAAGAUAAUGGACUGCGAGAAGACGGCCGUUGAGAUCGGCACCCAGCUGGAGAGCAAGUGGGCCGCCCUGGGGACCCUCAUCCAGGAGUAUGGCCUGCUGCAGCGGCGGCUGGAGAACAUGGAGAACCUGCUCAAGAACCGGAACUUCUGGAUCCUGCGCUUCCCUCCGGGCUCCAAGGGGGAGACCCCCAAAGUGCCGGUGACCUUCGAUGACACGUCUGUCUACUUCAACGAGAAGGAGUGGGAGAAGCUGGAAGGCUGGCAGAAGGAGCUCUACAAGAACCUGAUGAAGGGGAACCACGAGUCCCUGGUCUCUCUGGACUAUGCAAUUUCAAAGCCUGGCGUGUUAUCUCAGAGGGAACAGGGGGCCGACUCGUGUCUUGGGGACGAUCCGGACUCGGAAGAGCAGGGCAGCCUUCCCGAUCCCACAGCAGCUGGCAUCAGGGUGGUCAUCAAAACAGAGGAGCCCCAUUCGGACGACUGCCCGGGAGACCUGGAGCAGCACCAGCUGUCUGGGAGUUCUGAGGGGGAUUUCCAGGGCCUGGACCAAGAGGCCCCCUGCGGAAGCCCCUACAGCGCGGCCACCCCGCUGGGAAACUUCGCAGGGAACAGCCUCGAGGAAGGGAGCGAGUACGACGUGGGCUUUGGGGAGAUCAAGAGAGUCACUGUCCAGCACGGCAACUGUGCGGAUGCUGGAAUCGUAAUCAAAAUGGAGGAGGAGGAGGAGGAGGAAGAGGAGGAAGAGGAAGAAGAGGAGGAAGAGGAGGAGGAGGAGGAGGAGGAAGACCCCGUUAGUUUAGAGACUCGUGGGCUGUUUUCUUCCAGGGCCGAGCCCCCCUGCUCGCUGACCUGCAACGUGGAAGUCCUGCGGGAGGAGCAGAGGGUGGCCAAGCCCUCGAGAGCCACCGUGGGGAUCUGCGCCCCACUCUGUGAGAGAGACAAUAGCGUGGAGGUGCGGCCGGUCACCCUGCAGCAGCGGAACCGGACGCGGGAGAGGCCGUACAUCUGUCCGGACUGCGGCAAGAGCUUCAUGCUGCGCAUCAACUACAUCAUUCACCAGCGGAACCACCUCAAGGAGGGACCCUAUGAAUGCCACGCGUGUGACCUCAGCUUCCGCAUCAAGCAGCAGUACCUCCUGCACCAGCGGCUGCACACGGCGCGGCGGGGGGUGGCCCCUCCGCCUCGCCGGGGACAGGCCUACCCCGACAAGCGCGGCCUCAAGCCGCAGCCCCGGCCCGCCCCGCCCCCUGGGAAGCCCUACAAGUGCAGCGAGUGCGAGAGCAGCUUCAGCCACAAGUCAAGCCUGAGCAAGCACCAGAUCACGCACGUGGGCGAGCGGCCCUACUCCUGCGGUGAGUGCCGCAGGAGCUUCCGGCUGCAGAUCUCCCUGGCCAUGCACCAGCGGGUGCACGCGGGCAAGAGCGAGCUGUCCUUCAUCUGCCCGCAGUGCGGCAAGGCCUUCAGCCGGCCCUCACACCUGCUGCGGCACCAGCGGACUCACACGGGCGAGCGGCCGUACAAGUGCAGCCAGUGUGACAAGACGUUCAGCGAGAAGUCGAAGCUGACCAACCACUACCGCGUGCACACCCGCGAGCGGCCCCAUGCCUGCAGCGAGUGUGGGAAGGGCUUCAUCCGCAAGCACCACCUGCUGGAGCACCAGCGCAUCCACACGGGCGAGCGGCCGUACCACUGUGCUGAGUGCGGGAAGAAUUUCACCCAGAAGCACCACCUGCUGGAGCACCAGCGGGCGCACACCGGGGAGCGGCCCUACCCAUGCACGGAGUGCGCCAAGUGUUUCCGUUACAAGCAGUCCCUCAAGUAUCACUUGCGGACACACAUGGGGGAGUGAGGCCCACACCCUGCACCCGGCGCCCGCACCCUGGUAUCUGGGGAAAGAGGGCUGAUCAGGGAGGGGGAAGGGCAUCCUCCAGGAAUACCUCUCUGCCCACCGGAGCACCGAGUCGGGGUGCCUCCCUCUAAGCUGGUAACGGGUUUCUGGCUCAACUAACCGCAUCUGUUGGCACCGUAACCCCGAUGGGCACGAACUGUUCUCCUCGCUUCUGGCUUCCCUGCCCCCAUUCUGUUCUUUUUGAUAAUAAAUGUGGAGCCUGA